GUGGAGAAAUGGAUAUAAAAAAAAAAAAAAAAACCCUUUCCUCCAGAAUUGUAACACGUCUCUUCAAACACCCCAUUUAUUGUUCGUUCCCCGUCAUCAGUAGUGCUGGCUGUCAACCUUACCCCAUUUGUUGCACCUCAAGCUCAGAUGAAUGGUUUGCUCUUCGGAGGAACAAAUUAACCACAAGCACCUUCAGCACUGCUUUGGGUUUUUGGAAAGGAAAACGCCGUUCUGAGCUCUGGAAUGAAAAAGUAUUUGCGUCAGAAAUGCAGGUUCUGGAAUCUCCUAAAAGGUGUGCUAUGGAGUGGAGUGUGCUCAAUGAAGCAGCAGCUAUUGAACAGUACAGGAGUAUAAAAAGUCGUGAGGCUAGCUCAUCAGGAUUUGCUAUCCAUUCGAAGGAGCAGUUUGAUUGGCUUGGUGCAUCCCCAGAUGGCCUUCUAGCAAAACAAGGGUGCUAUGAGGAGUCAAUGAUAGAAGAUAAAUUUCUCACAGUAGUUCAUCCGAAAUACGAAAAUGAAAGCAAUAUAUGUGAACCUCCAGCCAAAUGAACGAGAAAUGGCUG